AUGGCCCUCACGUCUUUCUCUGUCGCCAUGGCUCUGGUUGCUGCCGUCGGAGCCGUCCCUACUCCGACUCAUCCCUCCGAGCCCUCUCCCAUCAUUGAGCUCACUGGUGUGACGCACACUGUUGUCGCCGGCCUCGGAGGCCUGCGCUUUGAGCCUGACAACGUUGUUGCCGAAAAGGGCGACGUUGUAGAGUGGCACUUCCUGCCUCGUAACCACGCAGUCGCGCAGUCCUCUUUCGGCGAGCCCUGCCAGCCCCUUGCCGAUGGGACGUCGAUCUACUCGGGCUUCAACUUUGCCGUUGAAGAAGGUCAGUCUGACAAUGUCUUCCAGAUUGUCGUAAAGCAGACAGAGACGCCCAUCUGGUACUACUGCCCUCAGCAGAACGGUGACCACUGCAAGAACGGCAUGACCGGUGUCAUCAACCAGAACUUUGACAACCAGGAUUUCAGCCUCCGGGCCCACCGCGAGCUGGCUGCCAAGGUCGACAAGUCGGUUAUUCCCGCUGUCGAGGGCGGCGGUAUCGUCAUUCCCAACCCUAACCCUCUUUCCGGCUUCAAGCUCAUGCACUGA